GAAACAAUUGUUUUUCUUUUUUUUCUUCUUUUUUGUUUUUUGAAUUUUCCUUCAUUUCCCGCGCGAGUUACAAUACUACGCUAAGGAAUAAAAAGAAGUUUAAGAAAAAAAAAAAAAAACAGAUAAUUAAAUCAUGAAUGAGAAAAAUAGGAUGGUAAAGUUAGAUAACGGAAUGCUACAACCACGUAUGUUACUUUAUCUCAUUCUCGCACAAUUUUUCUUACAAUUAUUUACCUCCGUAUACCUUUACACGUACGUGGUAAGUGUUGAAAGGGAGCUUCGAAUAAUACGAAGUGGUGAGUGCGAGGGAUCUCAACAAAAUGAAAAGUUUAUUCGACGAAGGAGAAGCAGCGCGUUACCAACUGCGGGAGACAAUGCGGUUUCAGACAUAUCCAGGAUUCGAGAGGAUAAAGAGCUAGCGAAGGAAUCGAAAAAGGUAACCGCGCCACCGAUUGCAUUAUCAGGCUCUUCAUCUUCCCCGACUGCUCCUGGCGGCCAAGAUUGGGUUUGGUUGAAUGCUGACACUCGUAUACAGUUUGAUGCAAUAGAAAACUUUUGUCGUUCCUCGACAAAAUAUUGUCCACCGGGUCUACCUGGCUCACCAGGAAAUCCUGGCCAAUCUGGUUUACCUGGUUUACCUGGCGUACCGGGAACACCUGGACCAGAAGGACCUCCAGGAGAAGCAGGGUUUCCUGGUAUCAGAGGACCAAAAGGUGAAAUAGGACCACCUGGUAUAGAUGGAAGGGAUGGUAUACCAGGUGAACCAGGUUUGGAUGGUAUACCUGGACGUAGUGGUCUCGAUGGAUUGCCUGGAUUGAAUGGUAAACCAGGAGAGGAUGGUAUACCAGGAUAUCCUGGAAGAAAUGGAACAGAUGGUAGACCAGGUCAACCAGGUCCUCAAGGGCCACCGGGACCGCGCGGAGAUAUUGGUCCACCAGGAAAGCCAGGAAUACCUGGAAAAGAUGGAAAGCCUGGAAUAAAUACUUGGAAAUUUACUACAAAUGAUGACAAUGUUAAUGAUUUAUUAAUACCACCAUCUAUUUUAGAUAAUGUAACUGAAGUGAUUACAUUAAGAGAAGGAAGCAAUGUAAGAUUGAGAUGUGCAACGAGUGGAAGUCCACCACCUGUUGUUCAAUGGACUAAGAAAGAUGGUACCUUAAUACAUCUAGGAUCUUGGCAUGUAACUUCCGUAAUUGGCAGCACGUUUAAUAUAAGCGUAGUGAAUAGGGAACACAUGGGUGAAUAUACGUGCACUGCAGACAAUGGAAUACCACCACGAGCAUUAAAAAAUUUUAAACUUCAAAUUAGAUUUACACCCUUUAUUCGUAUACGAAAUCAAAUGAUACUCGUACGAGGUCAAAGUUCAGCAAUUUUAGAAUGCGAAGUUGAAGCAUUUCCAGAACCAACGGUACAUUGGGAACGUGGGGAUGGUCGUCGUUUGAAAACACCCGAUAAAUAUCGUACGGAAAUUUCGGAUAAAAAAGAUUUCAAGUUUAAAAUGCGUUUAAAGAUAUCUCGAGUUAUGCCGAAUGAUCAUGGUAUCUAUCAUUGUGUUGUAAGAAAUGAAAUUGAUGUUACAAAAGGUUCUCUGAUAAUCGAUGAUGAUAUGAAACACAUGGAUAGAUUUAGAUUUGGUAAGCAACAAAAUGUUGUUUAUGGUGAACCAAUGCCACAAAAUAUCGACUUGGAAGAAUUAUGUCCGCACCAAGAAGCAUGUCCUACAUGUCAUCCCAUGAAAUGUCUUUACACUGAUAUCGAUGGUUACGUAAAUGUUCAACCAUUACGGAACGUCAAUUUCACAGGAUUGCCGUCAAGAUUAGUGGAUGGUGUAAUAGAAGCAGUAGGUAAACCAGUAUUAAAGGGAACUAUGGACGAUCAUUAUGGUAGUUGGAUGCAUGAUCCAUCUCCAAGGUCCGAUGGUAUUUCAGAUAAAUAUUGGGUUACAAGAAAAAAUGAAACAUCAUAUAUAUUGGAAUAUAAAUCUAAAGAACAUUUUAAAUCAAAGACACCACAAAAAAUCGAAUUACCAUAUCCAUUUCAGGGAAAUGGACAUAUAAUAUAUAAUGGAUCAUUUUUUUACAAUCCAAAAAAUCGAUCAUCGAUCUUUCGAUUCGAUCUUUAUCAUGGUCAAGGAUGUGAUAUAUUUUUUUCCAAAUGCGAAUUAAAAUUACCUGGUUUAUACGUUAACACUAAUAAUUAUCUUUACACGCCUAAUCAUAAUUAUAAUUACGUGGACUUCAACGUUGACGAAAAUGGUUUAUGGGUAAUUUAUGGAUUACCAUCAAAUAAUACGAUCGUGAUGAAAGUGGGCGCUACUGAUCUCAGUCUUCAAUAUGCAUGGAACAUCAGUAUUGAUCACCAUAAAUUUGGAGAGAUGUUUAUUGCUGGUGGAAUUUUAUACGCAGUUCAUAGCGUAACCGAUGAAACUAUGAAAAUUCGAUUAGCCUUAGAUUUGUACAAAAAUUCAACAGUUGAUGUACAUUUGUCAUUCUCCAAUCCAUAUCAUAAAACUACAGCUGUCAGCUAUAAUCACAAAACGAAGGAGCUGUAUACAUGGAACAAGGGAAAUCUAUUAGCUUAUCCUGUAAAAUAUCAAGGUCUCAUUAAUGUUACAUUAAGAGAGGAGCUCAAAGAUACGGACAACGCCUAAUAAAUUGAUUUUAAAUAUCAUCUGUGAUAGUUCACCUUCGAUUGAUAUCACCACCUUAUACUAAUUUACUGUAUUUACUAAUAUAAAUCGUAUUUAAUAUUUUAUCCUCUCUCUACCAUGAUCUCCAAGUGUAAAAUAAAUCACCUGUGAAAAACAUACAAACUAAAAUGAGUAAUUGUACUCUCGAUACAUCUUUUUUUUUUUUUAUAUUAUUUGUGUAUUUACUUUGAUCAUCACGUAUUAUAUGUAAACAUAACAAAAAAAAAAAAAA